CCACAACCUCCAAACCGAUUGCAAAAUGAGAGUGAUCGAGAACGUGCGAAUACUCUUGCCCAAUUUCUGAGCGAAUUCUACACUACCCGUUCCAUCUCGGCGAAAGAGAGUUCCUAUCGCUGCUAGUUGGUGGGCUCGUGGUACGCCAAAGUGCGAGCAGUCAAAGCUUUUCCCCACUCCCGAAAUAUCACCCUGAUCGUACCAACCUCCCCAUGAUCCCACUGUCCAGAAAUCCUGGUCUGAAUUGUCCACUCUUUGUGUGCUGCGAUAAAUCAGCACUCUCAUUUGACUGCCCCUGUGGCUGCUUCGCAUAGGUCCACCAUCCAGUGGCCCAACUACAGCGAUCUCCGAUCCCCACAUUCUCGACUGCCAUGAACGACCCCUACAGAAGAGCAGGCUUGGAAGAAGUCCUGCAGCUAUUAGGAGAUGAGCUUGACAGUCGUACUUUUCUUGCUGCAGGCGAAACGAUGAAGGACGUCUCUAUGAUGGACGAUUUGCACUCUCUCUACAAUCUGCCAGAGCCAGACCUAGGUUGGGACUCGGUACCGUCAGUUGACUCCAGUGCUCAAACGCCGAACGAGUUUCUUGCAAGCAGCAAUGCCGAUUCCUGGACAGAUUCAGAUAAUUCGUACUUUCAAAAUGACUUCGACAGCCUUCCAAACCCGUCUCAAGCUCUAUCUCUUAAUGCCACAACAUGCCUUGGUCUCACCGACUCGUUUCCCUCGCCUCUAAUGAGUGACUCAACCUACCCGUCCUUGGACACCUCGACACGCCAAGAGAUGAUCAAAAUCUAUUUCGAAAAUGUACACCCACUUUGCCCCAUCAUCGAUGAACAAAACUUCUGGUGGCAUCACUCUGUUCUCAGUGAAGAACAGUUCUUUGGGAUGUUCCUAGCUAUCAUGUUCAACGCAAUGAUGUUCGCUGCUUUUGCUCAUGCCAAGGACAGCCAGGUAAAACGCGCCGGUUUCCAAUCUGUGUGUGAGGUGCAAGCUGAGUACUUCCGCCUGCUCACAGAGAAAUACGAGUAUUCUCGUUGCGAAGUGUGGAGCGAGAUGGAAGAACUUGUGUUGGCUAAGACCGCCCUUCUCUUGUCACUGUGGCGUCCCCCAAAACUCGACAUAACAAUAAAUAGUCUUUGGGCGGACCGAGCUAUCUACCAUUCCAAACAGUUUCUGCGUAAAUCCUCCGCGAACACUAACAUGUUGCCCAAACGCUGCGAUAUCUUAUAUUGGUGCUGCAUUUCUCGAAACGCAUUCAUAUCCUACGCGAUGAGGCGGCCAUUUCGGUUGUGCAUUGAGGAGGACCAGAUGUUGUGUGAUCCUGAAGAUCUCCGAUCGGAGUUUAACAGAGAGAUCAUGUUCCACAACUUCUCUUCUGAGGAGGGCAAGGUGAAGAUGGUCGAGGAUUUUGUCAUGUUAUGCAAACUUGGCCGGACUCUAAACUUGAUCUUGAGGUCUCAAAGAUCCGUACUAUUUCGGAUGCAAUUGGAGGGCACAACACCAAAAUCCGUGGAUACUUUGGACGAAGAGGACGGAGAAGGUGAAGUGCACGAUUAUCUAUCCAGAUACUUACAAGCCGCAAGAUUCGAGUCAGAACUUCUGGAACUGGUUGAGGAACAUGGAAAACCAAACCUCAAUUGCAUGGACAACCAAGUCAGCGAAGGCGCAUCGGAGGAUAUGGUAGCCCUGACGAGAUCACAUUGCCUCUCUAUCAUAACUUACUCGAGCAUUGCAGCACUGUAUCAAUUUACAUUAUCCAACACCUCUAGAACGUGGGCUAGAAGCUGUCAUCGAACAGCUCUAUCAAAAGUAAAAGAUGCAUCUGAGAAAGUAUCUUCGAAAGUUGCCAGCCUCCUUGCAAACGUCUCAUUGGAAGCAAUUCCAGGGACAAUCUUGUCGUGGAUAGUAUCACCAAUGAUCACCUUCCUAGUCGAGCAGAAUUGCGAAAAGUUUGGCUUCUCUACCGAUGAUGAGGAAGAAGAAGAGAGUUUUGAGAUGCAGAAGAUUCAAAGCCUUCUCAAACUCACGACUGCACUAGCACCACGAUUCCAAAGCGCUGGAGAUGUCUGGCAUCUGUUGCAGAAUAUGGACCACCUCCUCUGCUGUGAUGCGGCUGUGAGAGAAGACUCGAAGAGCCCACAAAGUUCAUCAUCUGGGUCGGCAGGGAGGAGGAGGUAUGAGGAUGAUGAGUGGAGUGAGAGGCAUACUGUUCAAGUCACACUUUUGGUGAGAGCGAUGCAAUUCAUAGAUCGUGAGAUUGGAUAUGACAGUCCUCCUCCUUCUUGAUGUAUAGUCUAUUUUAACAAGUAUUAGAGUUCAAAACGCGUCUUAUGACCGCCCCUUGAAGAAAGCAUCUUCUGAGAUAAUCUUCCAGAUCAUGAAGAUUUUGAUGAAAAUAGCCAAGACUAAACAUAUUUAGGCUGUCACGAUUCCUUGUUUGACUAUCUCCGACUCCUUCUGCAUUGGUGUUCGGUCCAUUGGGC